CAGGAGGUGGCAGAGGCCCACACCGCACCAGCAUGGUCACCGCUCUGCUCAUCCUCAGCCUGGGGGGCUCCGUGCUGCUCCCGGCGCUGGGCCCAGCAGGUGCCCGCGGCAGCUGGGUGAUCGGGGGGAAGGCAGCGCUGCCCCACUCCCGGCCCUUCGUCGCCUCCAUCCAGAUGGACGGGCAGCACGUCUGCGGGGGCUUCCUCGUGUGGCCCAAGUGGGUGAUGACGGCGGCUCACUGCCCCAUCCCCAGGCGCAACCCCUUGGUGCGCGUGGUGCUGGGCGCCCACCGGCUGGAGCAGCCCGAGGAGUCCCAGCAGGUCUUCGGCGUCGAGGAGUCCAUCGCGCACCCGCUCUACGACCCCCGCACGGUGGACAACGACAUCCGCCUGCUCAGGCUGAACAGGUCGGCCACGCUGAACAAGUACGUGAAGCGCAUCCGCCUGCCCUCGCCGCACGUCGACCUGAAGCCCGGGACCGUCUGCCUGGUGCUGGGCUGGGGGGACACCUCCAACUACGGCGAGCGCCCCGAGCAGCUGAUGGAGACCGACACCACCAUCGUCAAGCGCAGCCUGUGCCGGACGCUGUGGAGGGGCCGCGUCUCGGCCAACAUGCUGUGCGGGGCCAGCCACAACGCCACGCUGCGGGGCGUCUGCGCGGGUGACUCUGGGGGACCUCUGAUCUUCAAGAGGAAGGUUUACGGCAUCGUCUCCUUCUCUGGGGAGAGAUGCGGGGACCGCCGGUACCCUGACAUUUACACCAAGAUCUCCAACUACAUCGACUGGGUGCACCUCAUCGUGCUCAAGCACCGCCACCCCGAGGGGCAGCAGAAGCACAAACCAGGCCCGGGGGCAGCGAAGGGUCCCGGGGCAGGCAGACUGUGGGGGCCAGCAGGGGGGCCAAGGCAUCGCAGUGGUCUGGCGGCUCCCAGGAGGGCAGGGAAGGGCCGGGACUCCUGGGCACCCCUCCAGCUCCAGGGGCUUUGAUGGUCAAUGGGAACUGACAACCAGGGCUCACAGCUCCUGCCUCAGUUUCCCCACGUGCUCCAAGGCAAUGCAGGAGACUGAUUUUGACUGUUAGCGAGGAGCCAAGCAUUGCCCUCCUGCCCCCCCCCCCAGCUUGUACAAAGAGUCCCAGCACCUUGCUUCCCGUCUCGCAGCAGCAGCAUUUUCCUUCCUCAAUAAAAGCUCCUUCCCAG